UCACACAACUCUCCAGUCCCUUGCUUUCAUUUUUGCCGAACCAGCCUCUCUCCUUUCCUUGACUUUUACUCUCUCUUACCAUGAAGAAGACAAUCUCCAAGGUUUCCAAGAUCUUCAACGGCAGCAAGAAAUCCAAGGAGGACGAGAGUGUUUCCUCCAUCACUCCUGCGCAAUUGGGGGAGAUGAGGGGAAUGAUUCAUCGUGAUUACGACGUCCAGGAAGCCACAGGUACUACUUUGGAGCGCAACAUUGACAUCUCCCGCCGGUUGGUCGUUCACUACGAGUCGGUUAGGAUGGGAUGUCGCUUUUCUCUCCAUCCCCUUUUGGUUGAAAUCUGCAACCGCUACGCCAUCCUUCUCGGCCAGAUUUCCUCAAAUUCCCACGAGAGUCUCUUUGGCUUCUUGGCGCGGUGUCAUAAGAGAGGCAUCCAACCCACCUUGAAACUCUUCCUCUCUUUCUUCCGCCCCCACAAAUACGACAGCGAGUUGGGCCGGGGGUUCGUGAGCUUCAUGGCCCGGACCGAUAUGCAACUUUUGGAUAGCCCGGUUGACAAACUCGAUGAUUGGUUCCGCCGCUUCUUCGUGGUGAUAGUCCUGGAGGACCUCCCCUUCCCUAACGCGUGGCGAGAGAAGGAAGACAAAUUUCCUUCUCACACUUUUCCCCCUCGUGAUUCGGAGCUUGAUGGGAUCUACCGUCUUCUCCUUAAGAACGUUCAUCCGGUUCCCCAAGUGCUUCUCUUCAAGGAUUCGUACUUCCAGGGUCUCGGAUAUUGGGUGUCUCCCGAUAUUCCUCUUCAAGAGCAGUCGGGAAACACAACUUCCUCUUGGGUUCCUCCUCUUAGGAAUGCUCGACUCCGUCGGGGAUCGCGACGGUCUUCUCGAAGUGAUCCUUCCCCGGAGGAGGACACCGAGGGCGAAGAAGCAUGGUCCGCGACUGGGGCCCUAUCACUGGUGCUUGUCGACAAACCUCCCCUUUCGGAAGAGGUGGUGGUUGAGGACGUCUCCGAAGAUGAUGGCCUCUACGACUUCCCUCCGGGGACCCUGAGGGGAUCCAGCCUUAUCCCCGGCGUUCCCCACACUCCUUUCUUUGGCAGGGGGACUUCUUCUUCGGCUCAGCCCAUGGCUCCACUAGGUUUCCAUCCCCAAACCAGUGGGACCCUUCCGACUGGAUGCGCCACUGGUUCGCAAGGGUCCCUUGAGCCGCCUCACGUUCAGGUGGCCAGGAUUGGGAUUCCGUGCAGCACUGAAUCUCCUUGGGAAUAUUCCCCCUCCUCUGGCUGUGGGGGGGGGGACGAAGCAAUUUCCCAGCCCCAACCGUCCAAUAUCCUAAAUUUUGCAGAUUCUGCGGCGGAGAGUAUUUUUGGGACACCCUUUGGCCACGGCGACGUUCUUCUCCCUGGAGCAAACAUCCAUCAGUCUUUUUUGGAGACGGAGGAGCUAAUUCGGUCCUCCAGUUUUGGAAAGGCUAUUGUCCCAUCCUCCAUCCGUUCCACUGCCGUCCCCGAUCCAUCAACUCAGGAGACUGGGUCUUCCUCUUCUUCUCAGGCCCGCCACAAGAGGGGCCGGAACUCCACUCCUCUCCCUGGCUCUCUAGUGUCCGCCGGUCCUCCCAUGGGGACCGCCGAUGAUGGGUUUCUUACCGGGCAAGGGAGUCAGCCCUUUCCCUAUGCUCGGGAGGCGUAUCAGUUCACAGGGUACACGUCCUGGGUUGGACGGGACUUCAACAACAAGCUUCAAGAGAUACAACAGCUUAAGAGGGACCACCAAGAUGUGAUUCAAAGCCCAGCCUGGCCAUUUAUGCAGGAGGAGUAUACUCGUAUGGCCGAUUAUGUUGCCACUUCCUCCGCUCAGCGCCAUUCCCUUCGUCUCCUGGACCGCAAUGCCGCUUUAUCACGGGAGCUAAGGGAUUUCAAAUCCCGGCAUUCUAUUUGUGUUGAGCGUCCGGAAUAUGACCGGGUCUUGUCCGAGAACGAUCAGCUCCACUCUGACCGUGAGCGGCUUGCGGCCAAGGUCGGACAGCGUGACCUAAACCGGAUCCACGAUCUCAAGGAGAUGGAAUUUCUGAGGAGGGACCUGGAACGGCAGGUCAGAGAGCAUGAAUUGAAACUUCGAGAGGAGGCCGAACUCCACCGAAAGAGAUCAGAGGAGGAGCUGGAGCGAACGUGGCGUUGUCGAUCCGAGGAGGAGGCGAGGAAGGCGACGGAAGAGGUUGAGCAGAGGUGGCACCUCCAACACGAAGAAACGGAACAUCGACUUUCUCAACAAGUCGACGAACUAAACUUGACUCUUAUGGAGGAGAGGCGUUCAGCUCGGAGUUCUCUUGAUGAGGCCCGUCGCUUGCUUGAGAACGAGCGUCUUACUUAUGAGGGACAUAUGGCUCGGAUGGAGGCCGAUCGCAUCUCAGACUACGGUCGAGGUUUCUAUCGCGGAGGGUUGGAGGUCCAACAGAAAUUUUAUCAUGGACUUGAGCCCUACUCUGACGGACUAGAUCCUUGGCUGAAGUUUCCAGGCAUCCCAAGACCCAUGGGACCAGAGCCUUCUUACCUCCGUUCCUCUCCCUCGCCCUGAAUUCUCAAGCCUUCAUUGCAGUUUGUUUAGGAACGGUCCUUAUG